UUUGGGGAACUAAUAAAUGUCCAUGAAAUCUUCACAAUUUAUGUUCGUCUGUCAUGGAUUCAGCUCAUCCCUCCAUUCGGGGUCCCUGACUUCCUGCAAUACUCCUGGAGAUAUGACUCAUGAAAGGGAGCCACAACCCAACAAAACAAAACAAAAAACAAAACAAAAUUUGGCCCUCAGGAGUUUUAAAAUAUUAUACUAGUCCCUAUUCAUCAUCCAGGAAGACAUCAGUUACCAUGUAAGUGUUCUUACUAGUUGCUGGCUCUGGCAAUGGCUUCUGCUCCUAAGCUGAGAUUCUCUGUAUUCACCUCUCUCUUUAGUUUUGGUGGUGGCUGUUUGCCCUGUGACCAGUUUUCUGGUUGACUUAAGAGUUGUUGAUUCUUCAGUCAGUUUAUUCAGCUUUUUACUUGUGAAUAUGGGAAUGAUGACUCCUAAGCCCUUCACAUGCUGGCACAGAAACCGGAAGUCCUGUGUUCAUUUUUACCCAUUUAUUUUUCUUUCUGUAUUGCAGUUUGGAUAAUCUCAACUACAUUCAAGUUCACUGAUUCUUUCUUCUGUCAAUCCACAUCUGCUAUUAAGCCCUUCUAGUGAAUUUUUCAUUUCAGUCAUUGUAGUUUCCAAUGCCAUAAUUUCUGUUUGGUUCUUUUUAAUAAUUUUUAUCUUUAUUGGUAUUUUUUAUGAUGAGACAUUAUUUUCAUAUUUUCCUUUAGUUUUUUGGACAUGGAUUCCUUUGAACAUAUUUAAAAGACUUUAAAAGUCUUUUCUAGUAGGGCCAAUGUCUGGGCUUCUUCUAGAAAAAGUUUUUAUUUAUUGCUCCCCUACUCCUUUAUGGGCCAUACUUUCUUAUAGGCUUUUUGGAAAAGUGGACAUUUAAAAUAAUAUAACGUGGCAUCUCUGGGAAUCAGACUCUUAACUAAAACUUUUCUCUGAUGGAAACAAAGCCUGAAAAGGGGAGAUUGAAUAUUACAUGGCUUAAGAGAGUAUUUAGACAUAUCUACUUCCAUUGGUGCUAAAAUAUAUCUGGAAGUGGAAUGGAAUUCAGAACUCCAUGAAAGAGAGCUGGUGUCCAGAGUGUUGAUGUCACACAGCCUGUGUCCUGAUUGGCACAGAAGUUGGAACUAGAUUGUGGAUAUCCAUUCUGCUAGCUCUACUGGAAGACUGCUUCUAAAAGCGAGGUCUUCAACUUUGGAUGUUAAUCAUUAGAAUUUUCUUUCUCAAAUUAAAAGUUUGAGAAAUUCCUGAUAAGAUGUCCCGUUCCCUAAAGUUUACUUUGAUUGUAAUUUUUUUUUACUGUUGGCUUACACCCAGCCAUGAAGAGUUAAAAGGUGGUACAUCGAAGUCUUUUGACCUCCGUACAGUGAUUAUGCUUGUCAUUGCUGGUGGUAUCCUGGCAGCCUUGCUCCUGCUGAUAGUUGUCGUGCUCUGUCUUUACUUCAAAAUAUACAACGCACUAAAAGCUGCAAAGGACCCUGAGGCUGUGGCUGUAAAAAAUCACAACCCAGACAAGGUGUGGUGGGCCAAGAACAGCCAGGCCAAAACCAUUGCCAUGGAGUCUUGUCCUGCCCUGCAGUGCUGUGAAGGAUGUAGAAUGUAUGCCAGUUUUGAUGCCCUGCCACCCUGCUGUUGUGACAUAAAUGAGGGCCUCUGACUUGGGAAAGGUGGGCACAAAAAUCUUCAUGAGCAAUAUUUCUUUCUAAGUAGAUUGUUUUGUUAUUCAAAUCAAGUUCUAGAGUUUUUAUGUGAGAUUAUAUAAUUUACAGUGUUGUUUUAUAUACUUUUGAAUAAAUGUACACUAUUAAAAAUAA